AUGUGGCGCCUGUUCCGCCGAGGGGCGCGAAGAAAGCAGCAGGAACAGGAGCAGCUUCUUCGGGAGCAGAUCAGACAACAGCUCGAGCAGCAGCAACAACAACUCAGUAGACAACAACGAAAGCUGCCGGACGAGGUGGGACCACAACAACAGCAACAGCAGGAGCCGCAGCGGCACGAGGUCCAAGCCGACCAAGCCCCUGAGCUGCUGUCGCAGCCCCAGCCGCAGCAGCGCGGGACGGAUUUGCUGCUCUCCGCUUUCAGCCCAGGUCGCCGCGUGGCACCGGCGCCGCAACCACGCUCGCCAGAGACCCCAUCAGCCGUAGUAAUUGACCGAAGCGCUGCUCUUCCUGCGGCCGCCCAAGUUGCCGCGGAGUGGCUACCGCAGGGGCCGACUUCGCCCAUGGCCUCACCAGCGCCGAAACCGCCUCUUGCUACCCCUGCCGAGGCGGCAACGGCCCCGCCGCCCAGCCCCGAAGACAUCAUAACUAUAGACCAGCGGCCGUCGGCACAUGCCGCUACUGCUGCCGGCGGCGGCGUUGCCCCUCCGAAAGCUCCAACACAGCCGCCCCAGCCGCAGCCUCACAGCCGGCGUGGGACCCGCGGCGAUGUACGGCGGGGCACCGCCGCCGCCGCUAUCGCAGCUGGCGAAACGCCCUUUUUGGAGCCACCGCUGCUUCAGCACCCGCUGCUGCUGCCGCCAGGCGAUGGUGGCGGCGGUGGCGUCGCGGGGCAUCGCGGGGCUAGCCGUGCCAGCAGCAUCACGGGCACGGCCGCCGGGGUGCCGUACAGCGGCAAGGUGGAUCUGGAGGUCGACGUGGCGGUUGUUGGUGCGGGCGUUACGGGUCUGGCAACAGCCCUAGCGCUCCGACGGGUUUACCCACGUCUGAGGAUCAAGGUGUUUGAUCGCCGGUCUGCGCGGCCCGAGGGCAGCCGCAAGUACGGGUCGUACUGUCGGUUGGAGCCUAACGGUCUUCGUGCGGCGGCCGCCAUCGACCCGCGGCUUCGCACGGCGAUUCUGCAACAUGGGUUGCGCGCACGACCUGUGCUUAUACACGACACGGACGGUAGCCUGAUUACCCGUCUGGAGGAGGGCGGCACGCGAUCGAUGCGCAGAUUUGGGGAGCCGUACAUCACCAUUGGCUGGUACGAGCUGGAACAGGCGUUAUUGUCGCUGCUGCCGCCUGAUAUCGUACAGUACGGCGCACACUACGUGGGGCAUCGGGAGCGAGACGAUGGGGCGUACAUCUCCUUCCGGCGCUCAGCUCCUGCGCUGGUCCGCGCGGGUUUCCUGGUUGCGUGUGAUGGACCCUUCUCGGAUGUGCGGAAGCGGAUGGUGCGCGAUGGCGACCCCAUGUACGACGGUGUGGUCAAGUGGUUGGGUCGCCUACCCGGCGACGACGUGCCCUCCCUGCCCCUGGACUUCAACGCUGUGUGGCUGUCCCCCGGGCGCACCUUCCUAUCGCACUCCCUGGCGGGAGGGGAUGUGGCUUGGGAGGCGGUGGCCACGGACCCGGAUUUGCGGGAGCUGGGAUUCAGGCGGGUCGGGUAUAACCUGAUCACCAAGCGAGUGGAGCGCCUUCCUCAGGGCGCACCGCGCACAGCAUCCCUUCGCAGUUCGAGUGUUCGCCACCCAUCCAGUGGCUUUCUGCCGGCAAUAGCGGGACUUCCAUCGGGAAAUAAGCCCUCCGCAGCCGGCCGACGAACGUUGUACACCUCUUUGGAAGAUGACGCCCGACAGCAAUUCAGUGGUAGCGGCACCACCCGACAUCAUGGCACUGCCACGGACGCCGUCACUGCGACGCAAGCGCCGGCGGCGCCCGACUCAGCCACCGGUGAACUGCCGUUCGACGCAGUUUCUGCGGCAGCAGCGGCCGCAUCCCUUCCCGCCGCUGACGUCAGCUACCUCGACAGUGACGAGCUGCGGAGUGACGACGAGGCGGCGGACGGGGAGGGCUAUGGGGAGGCCAGCGAGGGCGAGGAGGGGGAGGAGGACGCCCGGGGGUCAGGCGAGGUGCUGCAGAAGCUGCUGGCGCUGUUCACGGACUUCCCCCCCGAGGUCCGUGCCAUGCUGCGCAACACCCGGCCCUCUGCAGUGGUGGAGGCGGGUGUGUGGGUGCGGCGGGCCAGUGAGCUGCCCUCCGCGCUGGGUCGCGGGAGGGUGCUGAUUCUGGGGGAGGCGGCUCACCCCAUGAGGCCCUCCAGCCAGGAGGAGAACCAGGCCCUGGAGGACGCCGCGGUCCUGGGCGGGUGUGUGCAGCUACACGGGCUCAACAAAGAGGCCCUAAGGCGCUACGAGGCGGAGAGGAAGCCUCGCUGGCGACAUGUGAUGCAGCUGGCCAUGGCCGCCAACUCCACCCCCUCCGCCACCAGCUCCGGGCUCAGCCAGGCCCUGCUGGACUACAACACCGCCCUCCACGGCGCCACGUUCCGACGCCUGCAUGCGCCGCUGGGCUGGAGGCUGGUGGAGGCGGCCAAGAGGGCGCUGUGGGUCACGGCGUUGGCGGGUGCCUGCGGUGGGCUCUGGGUGGGCGCUGCCGCUCUGCUUCGCAGCUCCGGCUUGGAGCACCUGGGGCCCUUCACCGCCGCCGCUGCCGUACUGGACGACAUCCGCCGCCGCGUCGCGGCCGCUGGUGCUCGCGCUAGCCGGGUGGCGGCGGAGACGGGCAGCGUGACGGCGGGUGUGGCGGCCGCCAACCAGGAGGUCCGGGGGGAGAAGGAGAGCGGGGGACUGCCGGCGGCGGCGGCGGCGGCGGCGGCGGGGGAGCGGCGGCCGUGGUGGCGGCGGCGGCCAUGGGCCCAGCGGCGGCCGCGUGUCGCGAAGGUGCAGACGGUGGAGGAGAAGGACGCGGAGUCGGCUCCGGCAGCUAUGGAGGCGGCGGCGGAGGAGCGGCAGCGGCGUCCUUGGAGAGUUGACAAGCUGCUGAGGGGGCGGGACGCCCCUGCGGCGGUGGCGCAGGCGGCUGCGGUGGUGGCGGCGCCGGCGGUAGUGGCAGUGGGCGGUGUCAGCGAUGCUGUUGUGCGCGCCAAGGACUAUGUGGUGGAGAAGGGCUUUGCCGUUGUGGACGGAGUUUUCGGCCGGGAUGUGGCAAGGCAGCUGCGAGCCGAAGUACUGCAGUUGUACGAGCAGGGGCUUAUGCACAAGAACUGCACGCACCUGGUGGUUUCAAACUGCGGCGCCUCGCCAAAGCAUCCCCCAACCGCACAUCCCUCCUCACCGCUACUUGCCACACCAAUCCCACCCAACCCCAACCGCAACCCCAACCGCAACCGCAACCGCAACCCCAACCCCCCACGCGGGCAGGCCGCGGCGCCCCUGUGCGCCUCCCUCAACUCCGACCGCACCCUGGCCACCUUGCUCAGCCUCUUCCUGCCCCAGCUUACGUUGGAUGCGCAGGCCAUCAAAUUGCAGUACAACGCUGGCGGCGGCGGCUGCUUCCCGAUGCACUACGACAGCGACGAGCUGCUGGACGGCCGCCGUGUCACCGCCAUCUUCUACCUCAACCCCGGGUGGACUGAGUCCCACGGCGGGCAGCUGCGGCUGUACCCCUUCCCCCGCGCCCCCCUGGACCUGGAGCCCCUAGAGGACCGCCUGGUGCUGUUCGCCUCCACCCGCAUGCUACACAGGGUGCUGCCCUCCACUGCCGCCUCCAGGUGCUGCUUCACCAUCUGGAUGUCGCAGAGCCGAAAGCGGUCCUUCGUACGUCACACGCCCUCGCUGUCUUCCCUAGAGCCCCCCGGAUCUCCCUCUGACGACCCGGCAGCGGCGGCGCGCUUCCUGAUGCACCCCAGCGUACGGCAACACGUAUGCAAGCUCGUGUACGCGUCGGAAUGGGCCAGAUCGCUAGAGGAGAGCCAUAUGGUUUCGGAGGCUCGGGAGGCCAUGUUGGAGCAGCACCAUCGGGAAGUGGCCAUCAUUCGGCGGUCACUGGGGAAGUACCUGCCGGUGGUGGAGCAGCUUGCGCGGGGCGAGCUGAGCGCCAACAUGGAGUGGUUCUGA